GCACUCUGUCAACUUUGUCAGUACUAAUUAGGUGAUGAGAAUAUCUAGGGUUUUUUUUAAUUUGUUUUUCCUAAUAUUAUGAUUAUGAUUUUAAUUUUUUUUUUAUGUUGUCAAUUGCAGGUAAUUGGUGGAGGAAAAAUUUGAUUCACUUUAGCGACCAAAAAAACCAGUCAAGAUGGUGAAAUUCACAGCUGAUCGGCUCCGUGUGAUUAUGGACAACAAGCACAACAUUCGUAACAUGUCCGUCAUUGCCCAUGUCGAUCACGGAAAGUCAACUCUCACCGAUUCACUCGUCGCUGCUGCCGGAAUCAUUGCGCAAGAAGUUGCCGGCGACGUGAGGAUGACCGACACGCGAGCAGACGAAGCCGAGCGCGGCAUCACCAUCAAGUCGACCGGUAUCUCUCUCUACUACGAAAUGACCGACGAGUCCCUGAAGGGCUACGCGGGGCAGAGAGACGGCAACGAGUACCUCAUCAAUCUGAUCGACUCGCCCGGACACGUUGACUUUUCGUCCGAAGUGACUGCCGCUCUUCGUAUUACCGACGGCGCCCUUGUGGUUGUUGACUGUGUCGAAGGUGUCUGUGUUCAGACAGAGACCGUGUUGAGACAAGCUCUCGGAGAAAGAAUUCGGCCUGUCCUUACGGUUAAUAAAAUGGACAGGUGUUUCCUUGAGCUUCAAGUCGACGGGGAGGAAGCGUACCAGACGUUCUCGAGGGUUAUCGAGAAUGCGAACGUGAUCAUGGCUACGUACGAGGACCCUCUUCUCGGAGAUGUGCAGGUUUACCCCGAGAAGGGCACCGUUGCCUUCUCCGCCGGCUUGCACGGCUGGGCGUUCACUCUAACGAAUUUCGCGAAAAUGUACGCCUCGAAAUUCGGCGUGGUUGAGAGCAAGAUGAUGGAGAGACUUUGGGGCGAGAAUUUCUUCGAUCCGACGACUAAGAAGUGGACCACCAAGAACACGGGAACCGCCACCUGUAAGCGUGGAUUCGUCCAGUUCUGCUACGAGCCGAUCAAGAUGAUCAUCAACACGUGCAUGAACGAGCAGAAGGACAAGCUGUGGCCGAUGCUCCAGAAACUCGGCGUCACGAUGAAGUCGGACGAGAAGGAGUUGUUGGGCAAGCCCCUGAUGAAGCGCGUCAUGCAGACGUGGCUCCCCGCCAGCAGCGCGCUUCUCGAAAUGAUGAUAUUCCACCUCCCUUCUCCCGCCACGGCUCAAAAGUACCGUGUCGAGAAUCUUUACGAGGGCCCGCUCGACGAUGUUUACGCUAGCGCGAUCCGGAGCUGCGAUCCAGAGGGCCCUCUUAUGCUCUACGUGUCGAAGAUGAUUCCGGCUUCCGACAAGGGAAGGUUCUUUGCCUUCGGUAGGGUUUUCUCCGGGAAGGUUUCGACCGGUCAGAAGGUCAGAAUCAUGGGCCCGAACUACGUCCCCGGCGAAAAGAAGGACCUAUAUGUCAAGAGUGUUCAAAGAACCGUUAUUUGGAUGGGCAAGAGGCAGGAAACCGUCGAAGACGUACCGUGCGGGAACACGGUAGCUAUGGUGGGGCUCGAUCAGUUCAUUACGAAAAACGCAACUUUAACAAACGAGAAGGAAGUGGACGCGCAUCCGAUUAGAGCAAUGAAGUUUUCGGUCUCCCCGGUCGUGCGUGUGGCCGUGCAGUGCAAGGUGGCUUCGGACCUGCCGAAGCUUGUGGAGGGUUUGAAGCGUUUAUCGAAAUCCGAUCCCAUGGUUGUUUGUACUAUCGAGGAAUCCGGUGAGCAUAUUAUAGCCGGUGCAGGGGAGUUGCACCUCGAGAUCUGCCUGAAAGACUUGGUGGACGACUACAUGGGUGGGGCUGAGAUUAUAAAAUCCGAUCCGGUCGUCUCCUUCCGCGAGACGGUCAUCGACAGGUCGUGCCGUACGGUUAUGAGUAAGUCGCCCAACAAGCACAACCGUCUCUACAUGGAGGCGAGGCCUCUGGAGGAUGGGCUAGCCGAAGCCAUCGACGAGGGGAGAAUCGGCCCGAGAGACGACCCGAAGAUCCGAUCCAAGAUCCUCGCGGAGGAGUUCGGCUGGGACAAGGAGCUGGCGAAGAAGAUUUGGGCUUUCGGGCCCGAAACAACCGGCCCGAAUAUGGUUGUCGAUAUGUGUAAGGGAGUUCAGUACUUGAACGAGAUUAAGGACUCGGUCGUUGCCGGUUUUCAGUGGGCUUCGAAGGAGGGCCCGUUGGCCGAAGAGAACAUGCGUGGCAUCUGCUUCGAGGUUUGCGACGUUGUUCUACACACCGACGCCAUCCACAGGGGCGGGGGACAGGUUAUCCCGACCGCCCGGAGGGUUAUCUACGCGUCGCAGAUUACGGCAAAGCCGAGGCUUUUGGAGCCGGUUUAUCUCGUGGAAAUUCAAGCGCCCGAGCAGGCGCUCGGCGGCAUCUACAGCGUGCUGAAUCAGAAGCGCGGACACGUGUUCGAGGAAAUGCAGAGGCCCGGUACGCCGCUUUACAACAUCAAGGCGUACUUGCCGGUGGUUGAGUCGUUUGGUUUCUCGGCUACCCUGAGAGCCGCGACUUCCGGUCAAGCGUUCCCUCAGUGCGUGUUCGACCAUUGGGAUACGAUGAGUUCGGAUCCGUUGGAAGCCGGUUCGCAGGCGGCUACACUUGUUGCGGAUAUUAGGAAGAGGAAGGGUUUGAAGGAGCAGAUGACUCCACUCUCUGAUUUUGAGGAUAAGCUCUGAGUUUUAAAGACUUGGUUUUUGUUGCUUUGGUUUUUGGAUUUUGUUUUUGCUGGUUGUUUUUUUUGGGAAUAAUUUGGAUUUUUUUAACUUAUAAUUUCUUCUAUGGAGUUUUG